AGUCAACACCUCUCUCGCUCUCUCUCUCUUCAUUCCAGAGUCCCAGACUGAAGAGCAGGAGAGAGAGAGAGAGAGAGAAGAAAACAGAAAUGGAGGCACAAGGCAAAGUAGUGACAGUUCCGAGAAUGAAAAUGGGAUCGCAGGGGAUGGAAGUAUCGGGCCAAGGACUAGGCUGUAUGAGCAUGUCCGCCUUCUACGGCCCGCCCAAACCCGAGCCCGAUAUGAUCGAACUAAUCCACCAUGCCAUCAACUCCGGCAUCACCUUUCUUGAUACUUCCGACGUCUAUGGCCCCCACACCAAUGAAUUCCUCCUCUCCAUGGCUUUGAAAGAUGGAAUGCGGGAGAAAGUUGAGGUGGCCACAAAAUUCGGGAUUAGAUUAACGGAUGGGCUUAGAGACAUAUGUGGUGACCCUGUUUAUGUGCGUGCUGCGUGUGAGGCCAGCCUGAAGAGGCUUUCUGUUAGCUGCAUUGAUCUUUAUUAUCAGCACAGAAUCGAUACACGACUUCCCAUUGAAGUCACGAUGGGGGAGCUGAAGAAACUUGUGGAAGAAGGUAAAAUAAAAUAUAUUGGGCUUUCAGAGGCAUCUGCGUCAACUAUAAGAAGAGCGCAUUCUGUUCAUCCGAUUACAGCUGUCCAAUUAGAGUGGUCUUUGUGGUCUAGAGAUGUCGAAGCUGAAAUUAUCCCCACUUGCAGAGAGCUCGGUAUCGGCAUAGUAGCCUACAGUCCUCUGGGGAGAGGUUUCUUCAGUUCUGGUCCAAAGCUCGUCGAAACUCUCUCUCAAGGAGAUUUCAGAAAGUAUUUACCGAGAUUCCAACCAGAGAAUUUGGAGCACAACAAGAAACUAUUCGAACGAGUGAGUGACAUGGCAAAUGAAAAGGGAUGCACACCUUCACAGAUUGCUCUGGCAUGGCUUCAUCACCAAGGAAAUGAUGUGUGUCCAAUACCUGGUACAACCAAAAUUGACAAUCUCAACGAAAACAUAGGAGCUUUGUCUGUAAAACUAACAUCCGAAGAAAUGGCCAAGCUUGAAUCAUCAGUCGAUGGUGUCAAAGGCGACAGAUAUGGUUCUAAUAUGGCCACAUGGCAAAAUUCUGAGACUCCUCUGCUAUCGACAUGGAAAUCCGCAUAAGAAACAAGAUUUAUAUAUUUUACUUCUUGUCAGAGAUUGAUAUUCGUAUAGUCCCCCACGACAAUAAGAUUUGAGUCACGUAGAUAGAGACUGGCUUGCGGUAAUAUGUGAUUGAAUGAUCCGGCAUUUGCCUUAGUUUUCUUAUAACUAAAUUAUAUAGUAUUUCAAACUCCGAGUUCAUGAAAUCGUGCAUUUUUCGUGUUCUUGUAAAUUAUUUGGAUUUCUGACAAACUUCAUCGAUUGCAAGAUUAGUUUUUUUCAAAU